GCGAGCGCAUGAGUUAAAUCGGCACGCGCAGGAUCCGUUAGGAGGCAGUGAGUCAGUGUGACGGAGCACAGAGCAGUCGGAUUUCUCCAUCGGCGUUUAUUAAUUAUACAUUAAAAAUGGUUUAAAAGCUCUUACGUACAUGGACAGACGUCUGGUGUUGUAAAAAAAAAAAAAAAAAAAAACAUAUCUUGGAACAAUUUGGCUUGGAAAAGAAAAAAAAAAAAGUUUGGAGCCAGACAGAAAGGGCUGCUCGUCUCCCACUGUGAGGACUACGACCCUAAAGCCGCGAGAGAUCAGACGCCAAUGAGAAUGCGCACUGACCUCGCCAGGAUGGCUAGUCUGUUUUCACUCUGGAUGGGAGUGAUAGGGACGCUGUGGCUGUUCUGUCUGCAUGAUGUACAUUGCACGAAGGAAAGCCUUCCCAGGAUCAAACUUGGAUAUAAAGAGCUGCUUCACUCAGGCAGUCUGGUGCCGUUUGUAGGCUCUGGUGAAGGAAUGCAGUUUCAGACAUUCCUGUUAGAUGAGGAGAAGAGCAGAUUGCUUCUAGGGGCCAAAGAUCACAUCUACCUGCUGGACCCAAACAACAUUAACAAGAAUCCUAGAAAGUUGAGCUGGCCAGCUCCCAGAGACAGGGUGGAUAUGUGUAUCCUGGCUGGUAAAAACCCUGUCACCGAGUGUGCCAAUUUUGUUCGUGUUCUGCACAAUUAUAACCGUACUCACGUCUACACAUGUGGCACCGGAGCCUUUCAUCCCACAUGUGCUUUCCUGGACGUCAGGAGCCACAAAGAGGUAAAGGGCGGUGGGCUUCACUUGAUCAGUGGCAGUAUGGAGUCAGGCAGGCUGAAAUGCCCUUUCGACCCCCGCCAACCUUUUGCUUCAGUACUUACGGAUCAGUACCUGUAUGCUGGAACGGUGUCUGAUUUCCUGGGGAAGGACAGCAUGUUUAGUCGCUCUCUGGGUCCUCCUCCAGACCAGCAAUACAUCCGAACAGACAUCUCAGAGGACUACUGGCUCAACGAGGCCAAGUUUAUUGCUGCUCAUCCUAUCGCAGACACUUACAACCCUGAUGAUGACAAGAUUUACUUUUUCUUCCGUGAGGCCUCCCGGGAAGGGACCACUAUGGACAAAGGCGUGCUGUCUCGUGUAGCGCGUGUCUGUAAAAACGAUGUUGGUGGUUUGAGAAGUCUGACCAACAAGUGGACAACGUUCCUCAAGGCCCGACUGGUGUGUUCCAUUCCAGGAACAGAUGGUGUGGAUACACACUUUGAUGAGCUCCAAGACAUCUUUAUGGUUUCAACUAGAGAUGAGAAAAACCCCAAAGUGUAUGGAGUCUUUACCACUACUAGCUCUAUUUUUAAAGGAUCGGCAGUGUGUAUAUACAAUAUGGAGGACAUCCGUGCUGUAUUCAAUGGGCCUUAUGCACAUAAAGAGGGACCAGAUCAUCGUUGGGUGGAAUAUGAGGGAAAAAUCCCCUACCCAAGACCAGGCACAUGUCCAAGUCGCACGUAUGACCCACGCCAUAAGACCACUAAAGAUUUCCCAGAUGACGUCAUUAGCUUUAUCCGCAUGCACCCACUCAUGUACAAUUCUGUGUACCCAAUCACUGGCCGGCCAAUCUUCACGAGGAUCAACACAGAGUACCGGCUCACACAGAUCGCAGUAGACCGUGUCCCUGCUGACGAUGGUCACUAUGCCGUUAUGUUCCUGGGCACAGAUGCUGGUUCAGUUUUAAAAGUGGUUAGCAUCACCCAGGAAAACUGGGCUGCAGAAGAGGUGGUGUUAGAAGAAUUACAAGUAUUCAAGAGCCCGUCUCCCAUCCUCAGCAUGGAAAUCUCUUCUAAACAGCAGCAGCUGUUUGUCGGAGGGAGAGACGGCCUGGUGCUUGUGGCUCUGCACAGGUGCCACAUUUACGGUCAGGGCUGCGCUGAAUGCUGCCUUGCCAGAGACCCUUACUGCGCCUGGGAUGGCUCUCACUGCUCCAGAUACAUACCUGCAUCCAAGAGGAGGGCUCGGAGACAGGACAUCAAACAUGGAGACCCAUCCAGCCAUUGUUGGGAUGCAGACGAUGUGUUGGGGAAGAAUGUAGAGGAGAAAGUGCUGUAUGGUGUCGAGAAUAACUCCUCUUUCCUGGAGUGUCUGCCUAAAUCCCAGCAGGCCCAGGUCCGCUGGUUUAUACAAAGAGCAGGAUCAGACCACCGCCAAGAGAUCAAAGAGGAUGAGCGGGUACUGGUGACGGAGCGAGGUUUACUAAUUCGCUGGGUGCAGCGUAGCGACGCUGGCUUGUACAUGUGCACAGCUCAGGAGCACAGCUUCACCCGCACACUCCUCCACCUCUCGCUUAGAGUCCUGGAGCGCAACCACCUUCCCGGGCACCACUCAGUCUCCAGCGCUCCCUCCGAUCACUCCAUUCAGGACAUGACAUCUGAGCUGCGACACAGUUAUAAGGAUUACGUCCGUGCUAUGAGCGCACCCUCUCUGGAGGAGUACUGCGAAGCGCUGUGGCACAAGGAGAAGAAGCAGAGGCAAAAGAAGUGGAAGCACAUCCAGGAGCUGCGAAAGAACAGAAACCGACGGCAUCACCAGGGGGCCGCUAUCUGAGUGAACGGUACUCAGAAAUGCAAGCAGGGGAACGAAGGAGGAAUAACGCACAUCAUUUGUUGAGAGAUUGAUGUGUAUGGCCCAAAUCUAACCUGUUUCAACUAUUAUAAGGGGUGAAACAGGUCCUCUUAGAACCAGCACUCUGGUUGUCAGGGUGCAGAAACAGUAUCUCUACCUGUCGUCAGGACACAACAAAGACACCCUCAAGUAUGAAAUCGGAAAAAUCUACAACAGCUGUAGAAGCGAAGGACAGGUUCCAGUUGCAGACCUACAGCAGAAAUGUUCUGCUCAUGUAUUUAUCCAGUAAAUUCACAACAUCUCGAGUGAAGCAAGAAGGUUUCCUACUGACAAUGCUUUAAUUAUAACCAGUAACAAAAAUGCAUUCAUGUUGGAUGACUGUAAAUAUAUGUUUUUUGUACAGCAGAUUGUGCAUGCGGUAGAAUUGUCGACGAUUUAUUUGUUUGCAGAUUAUGGUGGUGUUCGCACAACAGGGCAAAUAAAUUUUCUAAAAAAAAAUUUGCGAAUGGAUGGCACAGUUGGUAAUGUUUCUUUCUCACUGCACCAGUUAUUUCCAGUUCGACCCUAAGCUCAGGUUACUGUCAAGUUUAACAUAUUUCUCAAGUUUCCAUAUGGUUUUUUCUCCUCUGUUUUCUCCAAGAAACAUGCUUGUAGGUGUGGAUUGGCUAUGCUAAAUUGCCUCUAGGUCUGUACAGUACAUGUUCUGCGAUAGACUGGCGUCUUGCCCACCUAGUAUUCCCAUAUCCUAUUCCCAUAUCUUCCUGGGACAUGCUCCAGAUCUCCCAUGAUCCUAACCAGGAUUAAACACUUAACUGAAGAUAAAUGAUGAAAAGAAACAUGAACUUUGGACUUGUUAAACUAAUUCGCAUAUCCAGAACUUUUUUGUUGUUGUUUUUAAUUAGAUUUAAAAAUACGUACAAACGUGGCUUGAAUCCGAUUAGAAAAAAAUGUUUCAUGUGGUUUUGCUUUUCUGCAGAACAUUUUUGUGUAUAAACAAACCUCCCCCCCCAAAAAACAGGACUUAAUUGCCCGACUGUCUGAACUCAACCUAAGAUGAUAAACGAUAUAAUAAAAGUUUGGUAGAAAAAGUAUAAUAUUUCUGUAUAUUUCUAUUGUGUCUUUUGUAGCUACUUUGUUUACAGUAUAUAAAUUUAUUUAUGAUUACAGCACAGUUGGAAUAAACCCUUUUCUUUAAA